AUGCGGGAUUUACGACCUCUAUUCUUCUUUGAUAUUGACAAUUGUCUAUAUUCUAAGAGCAACAACGUCCAUGACCAUAUGACCGGCUUGAUCGAUACUUAUUUCAUGAAACAUCUAGAGCUCAGUCAAGAAGAUGCCUUCAAUCUCCAUCAAGAGUACUACCAAACAUACGGUCUCGCCAUCGAAGGUUUAGUACGCCAUCACAAGAUUGAUGCUCUGGAAUACAAUCGUCAAGUAGAUGAUGCCGUACCCUUAGAAGAAAUUCUCUCGCCAGAUCCUAAGCUGCGUAAGCUUCUCGAGGACAUCGAUCGGUCCAAGGUCAAGCUCUGGCUCUUCACCAAUGCCUAUGUUACUCAUGGAAGACGUGUUGUCCGCUUACUGGGUGUGGAGGACAUGUUUGAGGGUAUGACAUACUGUGAUUAUGCCCAGGAGAAGAUGAUUUGCAAACCUUACAAAGAGUCAUUUGAGAAGGCCAUGAGCGAAGCUGGAGUUAAGGAUUACAAAGAUUGUUAUUUUGUUGAUGACUCGCUCAUAAACUGCAAGGCAGCUCAUAAACUUGGUUGGACAGCGACUCAUUUGGUUGAGAAUGGUGUUGAAUCGCCUGCUAAGCCAGUAGCCAAUUCCCAGAUCAGCACUUUGGAGGAGCUCAGGAACGUUUACCCACAAUUCUUUACUACUACGUGA